AACAAUCACGGCUUCAAAUCCACAACUUAAUCAAUGACUACCUCUGUCUCCUCCCUCCACCCCCCAGCGAUACCCAUUUACAUUCUCCGCGGCCACGGCGCCCCCAUUCACGCAUUGCAAAUAUUCAGCCAGAAUCUUCGACUUGUCUCCGGGGACGCCGACGGUUGGAUCGUCGUCUGGGAUCUUAUCUUCAAACGACCCGUAGCCGUAUGGAAGGCACAUGAGGGCGCUGUCCUAGAAGUCAAGGGGUUCAGCCGCGGAGGCGGGCGCUUGACCGAGAUUUAUACACAUGGCCGAGAUCACAAGUUACGCGUGUGGAGAUUCACAGUGGAGGAUGAGGAAAUUCUCCAGAAGACUCUGCCUGUUGAUUUGGGGGCACAGGCUACUACCACUCUUAACCAGAAACAAACAGCAAUUCAACCCUGGCUUAUGCAUAGCUUAUCAGUGAAUGCUUUGAACUUUUGCGCUUUUGCUAUGCUAUCUCUUCCGGACAGUGAAAGGGUCCCGCAACAACCGGACACAAAGAGCCGCACACCACCAUCAGCCGCCUUGAUCGCGGUCCCGAACGCGCUCGAUUCCGGUGCUGUCGACCUUUUCCAUUUACCCAGUGAGCGAAGGGUCUGUACCAUUCCUACAGACCCUGCCGUGAAGACAGGAAUGGUCAUGGCGGUCCAAUUGACUCGGACUUUUUCAUCGGAAGAUGUCUACGUCGCGGCUGCGUUUGAAGACGGUACUGUAAUGGUUUUCGCUUGCCGCGGGGUUUUUCAUGACGAUGAGCCCUCGGUUGACGCCGAAAGGAGUUGGAAAUGGGAACGGCUCUACCUGACCAAACCUCAUUCGCAGCCUGUCCUUUCUAUAGACCUCGCUCCAUCCAGAGAUGUGUCAAUACAAAGCAUGCCGGACAACAAGGGUUAA